UCGAUUUUCCUUUCAGUUACGUUGGUAUCGUGAUGCUUGCGUGAGAAGAAGCGGAGGGAGAGAUGUUCGACGGGAAUGGCGACUUCUGUGCUGUGCUGUGCUGUUCGUUAGAAUUUGGAUAAGAGAGACAAAAAUACGUGUUAUACGCGAAUUGUACGGUAUGCGACGACUGAUACUAGGUAAAGUAGUGUCGAACAUGUCCACGAUGUGAUAUUCAGAUCGUUGAUCGGAAGAUACUUUACUGCCGUCGUAUUGCUUCAGGCUCAGGUAAAGAUGUCGUCUGAAUAUAGUCGAAAUGUUUUAAAAAUAGUUGUUGCCUCAAUAUGCCAGACAAUUGGAUGGCAUUCUAUCAAUUCUACACCACUGGAGUUCAUGGUAGAUCUUUUACAAGAGUAUCUAUUACGUAUCUCAAGGCUCACGCAUCAAUAUUCAGAAAUUUUGGGAAGAACGGAACCAAAUCUCGAUGACUUAGGAUUAGCAUUUCGAUACAUGAAUAUUGACAUACAGGAAUUAGCUGAGUAUGUGAAGAACGUAGAUUCUGUUCCAUGUCCCAUACAAGUGCCACAGUAUCCGGUUCGGCGUGAGAAUCACUUGAAUUUUUUAAAACCGGGCAGUCGCGAAGUUGUUACUAGACCAGUUUAUAUACAUGAACAUUUACCAGCUAUGUAUCCAAUUGCUGAAGAGGAGUAUGUAGCAGAAAAAAGUGAAAGCUUAACUAAUGGCACAGCCGACCUUACUCCCAGUAGCGGAACGUCGUCGAGCAACUCAAACAAUACUUCACCUCACAGGUUGUCACCACAGGGGAUUUUUAAGCGACCCGGGGACCCGAUAUCUUUCGAAAGUUCCGUAAUAAAACGGGCGAAAGUUGUGGAGGAGGGUAGACCGUUGCGCGAAAUAAGCAGCGUUAUGAUGACAACCUCCGGCUUCCUGUCGCCAGCGCGAGAAGGGAAACUACCUGAGGCGAGAACGCCGCACCAGGUUCAAACGGAGGCACCGCAGCCGAACUCCUACCCGAUGGUGCCGCCCGAGGUAAAAUGCGAGAAGAAACCGAAGAAAAUCGUGAAGAAGAACCCGGAAGAUCGUAAGCUCGACAAGGAAAACAAGAAAAAGAAAGGCGUCAAGGAGCUGUUCAAGCCGGACAAGAUUGAUGACAGUAAGAUCAAGAAAUUGGUUGGCAUGAAGGAACUGGCCAAGUUGAAGCCGUUGAAGCCAGGGGGUGGCAAGACACAGUCGGCCGCGCUCUCGCAAGAGCUCUCGGGUAGCAGGCCGUCUACGCCGAAAAUCGCGUCACCAAAGUCAGCCGGCAGUCCUAAGCCGCCCAAGGCCGCGCAACCGAAAGCCAAGGUGGCCGAGAAGGUGAUAGAUUUGACGGAGAGUGCGCCGUCUAUCGAGAAGAAGGAGGAGACCGUUGACAAACUACCGUCCGAGCCGGACAAGCAGAAGUUGAACAUAUUCAAGAAGAUAUCGAAACCGCGUGAGGAGAAGGAGAAGGACAAGGACAAGGAGACGGCGGAACCGCUGCAUAAAUUCAAGGACCUCGACUCGCGCGAAUGUUCACCGGCGUUGAUAAUCGAUGAGAUCAACAACGAGAAGCAACACGCUGCGCACCGUAACGACAUCGUGGAUGUGAAACGCAGCGAGGAAAAGAAAGCGCCGCAUACACCGGACUUGCACGUGCAACCGACCGACGGGGAUUUGAUGGAUGUACAGAGCCCGCCGUCGGACGUUUAUAUGUUCGACGACACCGACAUUUCGCCGCCGGGUACGCCCAGCAGCACGCCGAAAACUCCUGAACUGAAUGUGCCCGCUGUUGUGGAGCAGAAACGAAAGAAAAAGGAAAAGAGUGGCAAAAAGAAAGAGCCGAAGUUGAAGAGUCCAAAACAGUGCAUCAGCCCGAAGAAGAUGAAGCUUCCGAAUGACAUUGUAGAGUCGGACGUUCUAGAUCGACCGAAAACUCCGCAGGCACCGGAACCACCGUUGCAUAGAGAGCCUAGUCUCCCGCCCACACUUCCCUUCCCCUUCUUCCCGGCGUUUCCUCCAGCACCUGGUUUAAUACCUUCUCCGAUGUUCCCGCGGUUCCCACUACCUCUAGGUCGAGGUGGACCGGGUCUUCAUCCGGCAAUGCCCAAUUUAGCGAUACCACCGCGUUUCCCGAAUCCACCUUUAAAGCCCGAAGACUUUCCCAAAAUUAAGCCUAUAGAACGCGAGAAGCUGCUAAUACCGUCGCCUAUCGAUUUGGUGCCUCCACCGAUCUUAGGCGAAAAUGAAAAGACGGACAAAGAGAAGGUGGAUAACAAUAAGAAUACAAAGAUGUUUAAGCCCAGCAAAGAGUUGCCUUUCAUGAAAGUACCUGAGAGGGUCAUUGCACCGCCUAUAGUGUCUGCACCUGUCGCACCACCAAUCAUGCUUUCCACACCAACAGUACCCGCCGCGCAAAUGUUACCAUCGAAAAAUCCUAAAACUGAAAAAGCAGAGAAGAAUGAUACGAUAAAUUCGAAAUCUAAGGAACAUAAGAAGGAGAAGAAAGACAAAUUAAAGAAAAAGAAAGAUAAGAAGGAAAAGCAUAAAGAUAAAAGUGAGAAAGUGAAAGAGAAGAAGGAAAAAGUUGAAAAACGUGAAAAAUUAGAAAAGCUUAAAGAGAAAAAGGAGAAAAAAGAAAAGAAGAAAGAAAAGGAUACAAAUAAAAAGAAUACGAAGGAAGAUAAGAAUCCAGAGGCUGUUCCAAAAAUUACGUUAAAAUUAGGCACUGCUUCUCCUAGACCAGCAACACCAGACAAUGCUCCUAUGAAGAAAAUAACAAUUAAACCGCUUGUGAAAAAACCUGAUGAAGAAGUCAAACGGGAGCCUAGUCCAGAGUUGGCGAAAAUAUCGGCAUUGGUGACACGUCCACCAAAGCAAAAGUCAACAAGUAAGAAAACAGAGGAGGGAAUAUUAGACGGAAGCCCUGCUCUUCCUACAGAUUCUUUCUCUGCCAAUCUUACUAGCGUGCCACCUGCAUCAGCUCCUCGAACAAAGAAAUCUAUCUAUCAAAGUGAGCCAUUACCUACACCUCACUUUGAUCCUGCUCCCAAACUCCCGAACCCUCUAGCGAUGCCACAGCAAGUACCAUAUUAUUUUGAUCGAGUUGGUCGUCAGGUGUGGAUAUGUCCAGCAUGCGGCAAUCAGGAUGACGGUUCGCCAAUGGUCGGCUGCGACGAUUGUGAUGCGUGGUAUCACUGGGUAUGCGUUGGAAUGCAGGUACCACCGGCUGAUGAUGAGGAUUGGUACUGCCGCUUUUGCAUAGCGAAGAAGCAAGAGCUCCUUCACGAUAAGAAGAAGAAGAAGCGGAAGAAGAAGGUGAAAGUAACGGCCUAGUAUAAGCUAACCGGGUCCUGUGCAAGACCCGGUGUAACUAUACCACCCGCUACCAAAGUAAAAACAAAAGACAACAAGAUCGGUGUUAAGAAUGUGAAGACAAAAAAGAUAUCUAAAGGUGCAAAUGACGUUAAAGGGCAAAUGAAGUCGUUGAAGACAAAGCCGAUGGCGAAAGAGAAAGUUACAAAGAGUUUAGUGAAAGUGAAGACUGUAAAAAAGAAAUAAAGUUUUUACAUCGUGCAAUGCAACUUACUAAAUAGCAGAAAUCGUAUUUUGUAAACUAGGUAAGACUAAGGUGUAAACAACUAUCUUCUAUACCAAUCUGAUCUUGAAAAUAUCUUCACAAUUUUCUACUAUAUAUAUGUAUAUAUACACAUAUGUACAUAAAUAUGUAUAUAUAUACAUAUAAAUAUGUAUAUAUAUAUAUAUGUAUAUACAUAAAUAGAUACACAGUCUCGUGUGUUGAUUAUUUACGCUGUGUAAUUUACUAUGUAACUUACAUUUAUAUUACACAUAAAUUUUUUGUAUAUUUUCUCAGAUCUAUUCACAAAUCUCAUACACUUUCCCCUGCAUGCUGUGUAUUGACAAACUUAAUAUAUAGGGGAUACUUGAGAAAUUAAAAAAAAAUUAUGUCUAUUUUUAAUUAAUAAUGUGUGUAUUUUAACAUACACAUAUAUACAUGUAAUAUGUGCGCGAUAACAGUUAUGUAAAUUAAUAUAUUCAUCAUUGUUAUUAUCAAUGUACGUAAUUACUUCAUUUUUUCAUUGUAUAUAAAUUAAUUGUUAGCGAGGCAUAAAACAUGUGUAUCAGUUCGCAAAUGAAAUUCAUACAAUUUGAUAACAAUUUUACUAUGUUAUGCUAUACGUCAUUUAAUUAAUUUAUACAUAAAUUAUAGUUGUAAAAUUAUUUAACAUUUAUAAUAUGUGAAAUACUGUUUCAUAUUGUGGUAUAUACACAAUAUUUACGAAUCGUGAAACCGAUCAAGUCUUGAAUAACAAGCUAAAUUAUACAUUAAAUCAGGAACGCAGCAAUAAGGCAAAAACACCAGCAUAAAACGAAAAAGUUCAGUCUUCAGUUUUUUUCGUGAAGUUUCUCAUUUCACGUCUAACUUUCACAUUUAUAAGAAAACAUUCUGUAUAUUAAUAAAUAAAAUAUUUGUAGAAAAUGACUAAACAAAAUUACUAAACAAAAUUAACUAUGUUCAAUGGAAGUCAGCGCUAUAUUAAUGUUUUGUGCUGCAUUUCCAACAGUUGAAAGACUCUUUUGAACUUCAUUUGUAAUGACUAUAUUUUUCAACAUGCGUUUAGUAAAACACUUUUUGUAUGCUGAAACAAAUGUUAAUAGCUUAGUAAACACGUUGGUAAAACAUCGUUAAGUGGUGUUUAUGCAUUCUAUUCAUUGCGAUAUUUAUUAUUGUAAUUCAUUUCUUUUGUACUUGAAGAAUGGCGUACUAAAUACAAAUAUGUAAAAGUUU